UAAUAUAUAUUAAUAAGUAAUCAGUAAAUUCUAACAGAAAGAAAAUGAAUGUGCUAUGUUUUAGUUAAUAUUUUAUAAUACUAUUUUUCUUUAAAUUAAUAAUAAUAAUUAAUAAAUAUUAUAUCAUUACGUCCACGGAGGGGGAGCUGGACGUCAAGCAGCCUCUCAUGCGAGAUGAAAGCUUCACAGUAGGUGGCGGUAAUACUCGGACAUGAAACAAGAAGAAGAAGAAGAAGAAGACGAUAACAUCAGCCAACCGGUUUAAUCGAUGCUGUGCUCGUGGUUGGAGUGGACAUUAUUCUAGUAAUGUUGGACUGUUUUUAUAUACGUUAUUGAGGUCGAAGCAUGUCGAAGUCUUCUGAAAUAAACAUGACGGAAAAGCGCAGCGCAGAGAGCCUGUGGUCCGCUGCUGACGUCUGGAUCAAGAAACCACAUGUAGUAAACAAGAGACUGUGUGGUGUGACAGUGACAGACUACAGGGACGUGGACUCUGCGGGAUUAAAGCAGGUUUUAUCUGGUCUUCUGGGGACCAAUAUUGAGAUGACUGAUAUUUGUGUGUUUCUUCACGCCGAUGUUGUGGAUGAGGAGCAUGAAACUGCAGGACACUGGUGUGUUGGAGUAAGAACUAUUAUUCCCAAAGUGAACAAAACAGGAGACUGCCUGUUCAAAGAGGUUAUCGUUAAAGAUAUUGUUGGAAAUGCAGUGACAUUUAUCCCAUUUGAAGUGAAUGGUGCGGGACAGGUUACUCUCAAGAGCAGUAAUGUUUAUAAAAUCCAGCUGCAGUUAAAGCCAGAUGAAUGGAAGUUGUGUCUUCAUGUUUUGAGGCCUGAGCAUUGGUACAAUGAUGGAGUAGCUUACCCUAAACUCUCCUGGCUCCAUUCUGAACUCCUACCUAAACUAUCACGCUGGGCUCUGGAGAGCAAGGCCAGUGAGUUUAAGAGCACCCUGUCCCUCAUACCUGUGGAGAAAUACAGUAUUCUCUACCAGCAGCUGAAAGAAAAGUACAAAGCGUUAGUAAAGGUCUGGCCUGAAGUUACUGAUCCAGAGAAGUUUGUGUUUGAAGAUGUUGCCAUUGCCACAUAUCUGUUGGUCUUAUGGGGUGAAGAGCGUGCUGAAAACGGAACAACAACCAAACAGUCCUUUGUGGAUCUCGGCUGUGGAAACGGCCUCCUGGUUCACAUUUUAAACAAUGAAGGGCAUCCUGGAAAGGGCACUGACAUUCGCAAAAGGAAGAUCUGGGACAUGUAUGGGCCUGGUACUCACCUAGAGUGCCUCCCAGUGUUAUUGCACUUUCAGCCAAUGAUGAAAUGUGGCGGCUGCUCUCAUCUAUUUCAGGAAAAUGCCAUCACACCCAGCAAUGGCUUCCUCUUUCCCACCACAGACUGGCUGAUUGGAAACCACUCAGAUGAGCUUACCCCAUGGAUCCCUGUAAUAGCAGCCAGAUCAUCUUACUCAUGCCGUUACUUUGUGCUUCCCUGCUGCUUCUUUGACUUCUGUGGGAAGUACCAGCGCAGACAAUGUAAGAAGUCUCAGUAUAAGGAAUACAUUGACUUCAUCACAGAUGUCAGCACAGUGUGCGGCUUCCACACAGAGGAGGACUGUCUAAGGAUACCCUCCACCAAACGGGUAUGCAUAAUAGGCAAAGGUAGGACAUACAGUGAGGCCGAAGAGGCUAUGGUAGAGGAGCGGCGAUAUGAUUAUAUCAGGGGGCGUGAGGCCUUAUUCACAAGCUCAGGGGUCAGUAAGAAUGUCAAUCAAUGUGGCCAUGAUGGACCUCACAGUGACAAUGGACAGGAUGUCUCAACCCCUGCCAAUGACUGGGUGAAUGGCUUCCAACCGAGAGAAAAGACAGAAGCUGUUAGGAACUGUUCAGCUCUUCCAAGGGAUUUUGUGGAUGCAGUGGUUCUGAGGGUGGCAGAGGCAUUGCUGAGCCUGACUGAGAAAAAUCUAGAGAGUAGCGGUUGCGGUGAUGCCUGGAACACGGGAGGCAGUUUGUUGAUUAGUGAAGUAGUCAACCUCCUGGACCAGUCUACUCUCCAAGCACUAAAGAAAGAGUGUGGUGGUCUCCAGACUCUACUGAAAAACAGUCACCAAGUGUUCAGAGUGAAGGGUGGAAGGGUCUUUAUUCGGGACUGGAGGACGCAUACACCAGCUCAGAGCUCUAGAGUAACCUCCAAGCGCAAACCCCUUCCCUCAGGUGCCUUGAAAACCCGACUCUGCUGGUUCCACACCCACCAUCCCCACGGAUGCCCUCUGUCCAGUGAGGACUGUGAUUUUGCUCAUGGUGAGACUGACUUGAGACCCUCCACAAAACCCCAAAGAUGAUUUGGACCUGAAUGGAAGCUUGUUUUGGCUUUAUUAAUAGCAUUUGACCUGACAUUUUGAAAAAGAAAAAAACCUCAAAUAUUUUUACCUAUCCGAGGUACAGCCUUUUUCUUAAACAUUUAGUUGUUUUUUUUUUUUGUUUUUUUUGAAAGUAACAAUUUAUUUCUGUUGUAUAAGAAACAUAUCAAAUGAACAUUGCCAAACCUGUCCAGACUUUGUCCAAUAAAUCCAAAACAUGUGUAAUGAGAUCCAUCGACUUCCAUCGCAGGAAAUCCCCCCACUGGAGCAUAAAAAGGCUUUUGUUGAGAGAGGCCAUGUGCUGUGUAAAUGUUAGGAGCAUGAAUAAUUUGGAGGGCCAUGUGGGUGGUUGGAACCUCUGUGGGUCACUGCCCCUCUUCUCAAAUGUCAGCGGACAGGAUGUUCCUCUCAGACCAGUGUGGGUAAAUCGAGGUCAGGGUCUCUACUGGGUGUACAUCAUAGAUGCACAUUGAUAUGUUUGAUUUGAUUCAAACAGAACAAACAUUAGAUUAAUCAGACAUCUAUUUACUAAACUCAAAAGGCAUCAUGCCGAACAUCACCUGUUCAAACAGGAAAACGGUUCUAAUUGCAUCCGCUCGUCGGAGAAAGCGUUAAUGGCAGUACAAACUGACGGUAAUAUCUAUGGACUUUUAAAGGGUUCAGCCAAAAAUGAAAAUUAAUUACUCAAAAGAACACAAUUUAUCACUUUACAAUUAACAAAAAAAUUAAUCUCCAACCCACUUUUGCAAUCAUAAGAACUUACAUCACUCUGCUGUACAAAUUGCCCUAUCCACCUUAUUUUUCAACGCAGAAGUAAGGUGUUUCUGUGAAUGUGCGAGACUUUCGAUGUAUUAGGGCUAUAGGGAAAUAACCAGAACAAUAUCAAAGUGCAGUAAACUGUAAAACUGUUUGCGCUACAAACCAGCAUUUAUAAUUAUGACAAUACAUUAAAAUUACAUUGUAAGAAAUAGCAGUUUGCAAUAUCAAGCAGCAUAAGGAGCUGUUUUGUACAGCUAAAAAUAACUGGAAGCAAAUGACACCAGAAACCAAACACAUUAAGUUUACAAAUGGCCGCUCCCGCUCUUACCUGAAAAAUAAGAUAUCAGCUCAAGAAAUAAUACAGCAGGGGUGCAAAACUCCACCUGUGCUCUAACACACAUACCUGUAGUUUUCAAAUAAGCCUGAAGGACUUGAUGAGCUGCAUCAGGUGUGUUUAAUUAGGGUUGAAGCUAUUCUCCAGGAGCUGUGUUUAGCAUAGUGUCAUACUCUCUCAUUUGUCAGUGUUUAAUUUUGCAAAGGGGCACAUUUCUGUUUAGCCAAAGUGAGCGAAAAAGGCUCAUACUUGUGUGAACAGUGCAGAUAACUUCAAAUGGAGCCCUUCAAUGAUUGCAGAUUUGCUCCAUUUAAUGAAUACAAGAGACAAACCAAACACUGAAUAGAUAGUGCACAGGACUAAACUAUGUACAUAAUAGAUUUUUGCCUUUUGUUUCAUAAAACAUUUUAUUUUUUUGCUGAUUUUUAAAGUGGCAGGUACUAUCUACACAUUAUACAUAUACGUGAAAACUUGAAUAUCUUGGAAAUGGUGGCCAAUCAGUUGUUUUACUGGUCAUAUUUGAUUUCAGAAUACAUAAUAAAUAGCUCAUUUAGACCAAAUUGUAGACUAGUGUAUUCAGACAGACAAGAAGGUCUAUGGAGAAACAAAGUUUAAUUAAAAUUCAUGUCAGUGGCAUUGAAAUGUUGCUGGAUGGGGAAGCCAUUUUCUUUAUUUUUGUGAAACUGGUGAUGUGAGCAGUGGAAUAGUUUUGACGAAAAGGUUUAAAAGCAUCAGUGAUGGUAAAUAAAAGGCUUUUACAUGUCUUUCUUCCCUUUGAUUUUGAGAGUGCAUAUUUUCUGAUGUAUAAACAGUAGUGUGUGAUUUAAAUAUUACCCUGAUGUAAUAAACAGUGAGAGAAUUUA